CCACACCUCUCCAUUACCACAUAAUCAAAAGCAUACAAAGCAUGUUGAAGAACGUUUUACGUUGUAUAAAGGUUUUGACCGUUCAGCAAUGAUACGAACGUUCAAGACAGCUGAAUGCUCUUAGAGUCCACCCACGUAGGACGAGCCGUCAACCGGUCCCUGGGAAUUAUUUUAUAUUUCAAACAGAAAUAUUUUAACUAAGCCACGGCAUGAACAUGGAAACGUAGUAGCAGCCACUGUUAAAAGGUUUUUAUACGGAUGAAUGUACAUUUCAUUAAGAAGGUGGACUAUGCAGACAGUAGAUUCCACUGGACCUAGUCAGACGGUGAAUGGCCAGAGUGAAGUGAGCAGCAGGAGGUCCUGAUGCCUGCUCUGCCUGUCUGUGUCCAGAGGUGACUGAGGAAGGCGUCAUGGCUCUGCGAGAGUCCCCGUUCCCCAACUGCUUUGCGGAGGGUCUCCACGCUGUGGGCUGGGGUCUCAUCCUGCCCUGCUUCUGGUCCCUCGACCGCCUCAUCGCACUCAGCAUGUCCACCAGCCUGGAACGCUCCCAGCGGGCAGAGCAGGAGUGCUACCUCCACCCACUCAAGGUCUUUUUUGGCUCCGUCCUUUUUCUCACCCUCUUCCUUGCCACGGCCCCCUUGGCCUUCCUUGGGUUCCUGCUCUGGGCUCCUCUCCAGGUCACCCGCCGGCCCUUCUCGUACCACCAGGAGCCCCCAUCGAGGCUAGCGUCGGAACCGGCGGGGGACGGAAACCGGGGGUUUGGGUUAGGCGGCGCAAAGGCCACGUUCGGCUUUGUUACUGCCAACCUGUGCCUGUUGCCGGAUGGCAUCGCGCGCUUCAACAACCUGGGGCACACGCAGCGCCGCGCCACAGCCAUCGGUCGGAGCAUCGUCCAGGGCGUGAACCGGCCUCACAUUCGCAUCUUCGUGGACUCGCCCAGCAGCUGUGGUACCCUGAGUCCCUCCAGCAGCCUGCUCCCUGGCCCCGCCACCGCCACCAGCCCGGCGUCCUACGGUGCCACUGCGGCAAAAGACCGCGAACCCCAGCAUCCUCCUCCCGUGACGGACCACUCGGACCGGGCCGCCGGUGAGGCCCCCGCAGAACCCGCCGAGCCCAAUGGUCCGGACCACGUGGUGCACGUGACCUGUGACGACACGGAGGAGUGUCGCCAAUCCACGCCCGCCCCCCCAGUCGUCCACGCCAACCAGAACUCCAACGAGCGCGGCCACACGAGCCACAGAAACCCUCCGCGGGCCCUGCAUACCCAGGGAGUCCUGGCCACGACGGGUGACAUCCCGUGGGAGGUGUCCUCUCUCUUCCCGGCCAACGUGGACAUCCUGUGCCUGGAGGAGGUGUUCGACAAGAGGGCUGCGUGGAAGCUGACCGACGCCCUGCGGCCUCUGUUCCCCCACAUACUGUACGACGUGGGGGUGUACGCCUGCCAGCCGCCCGGCAGCUGCUCCUCCUUCAAGUUCUUCAACAGCGGGCUCUUCCUGGCCAGCCGACACCCGGUGCUGGAGGCUCAGUACCGCUGCUUUCCCAACGGACGGGGGGAGGACGCCCUGGCUGCCAAAGGCCUGCUCUCUGCCAAGGUGCUAGUUGGCCAGAGUCACAGGCAGAAGAAUGUGGUUGGCUAUAUUAACUGCACACACCUCCACGCACCCAAAGGUGAAGGGGAGAUCCGGUGUGAGCAGCUCAACAUGGUCACCAAGUGGAUCCAGGAGUUCCAGGAGGUUAAUGGAAAGCCUGACGAGGUGGUUGCGUUUGAUGUGCUCUGUGGGGAUUUCAACUUUGACAACUGCUCACCUGAUGAUGUUCUAGAGCAGAAGCACAGCCUGUUUGAGGAGUAUACAGACCCCUGCAGAGCUGGGCCGGGACAGGAGCAUCCCUGGGUUAUCGGCACUUUACUGGAACAGCCUACUCUGUAUCGUGAGGACGUUAAAACCCCAGAGAAUCUUCAAAGGACUCUGGAGACAGAGGAGCUGAGGAUGAAGUACAUCUCCCCUCCGGUGGCCCUGGAAGGCUGUCCCAUGGUCUACCCUGAGUUGGGCCAGUCCUGGGUGGGGCGUCGGAUUGACUACAUCCUCUUCAGAGAGAGCACUGUCGCCAAGCACUGCCGAACUGAAAUCGAGGAGUACACAUUUGUGACCCAGCUGGCUGGCCUCACCGACCACAUCCCAGUGGGCCUGAGACUGAAUGUGACCCUGGAGCCAGAGACUGCCCAGUCUAAUGAGUGACAACCCAAACAUUAAAACCAUUACUGUAACACCUUUUGGGAGAUGUGGGGACACAUAGGCUUCACCUCAAAUGGCAAUCCAUUCCUGACAUAGUGCAUUUGGGAUGGAGCCAUUCACUAUGCAUAUCACACAUCACACGGGUACAACAAAACCUUUACUUUGUAUUUGUUGCUUUAAAAAUGAAAGGACCAGUAAAAGAAAAAAUGCAUAGGGAAUUAGGGGUGGUGGUGAGAAAUGAAUGCUACAUGUAAAAAGAUGGGAAUUGCAUGCCAAAUGGAACCCUAUUCCUUAUAUAGUCCACUACUUGUGAUCAGAGACCUGUGGACGGGGGUCUGAUUUGGGCUACCAUGGUCUGGUAGUUGCUAGAUUUGAACCAGUAUUGAUUUCUUGAUGAUUAUGCUCCAUGCAGAGACCUAAUCUAGGAUGAUUUAUUGCAUAACUCAGUGAUAUCCAUGUAGGGCUUUUUUAGGCCCGGGGCAAUGGUGAGGAGCAGUGAAAUUGAUUUUAUACAGUGACAAUCUCACUUUUUGGUAAAUUGUUUAAAAUAUUUAUGUAUCUUUUUUUACUCUGAUUUCAUGAAGACGCUUUUAUGAUGAUGCUUUGAUGCCUGUGCGUAAUAAAUGAACUCACUGAAGUGUA